AUGGCGUGUGAGUGGCGUCACCUUACAAAGGAGCAUGAUAUGAUGAGGAUGUUUAGAAUCCAACGGCCUACAACAAAUCUCAUGAUUAACAUGCGCAACACCCACCGAUAUUCAUCAUGCUGUGCUAAGUGGUGGGUAUGGAUUUGUUGGAGCACUGCGAUUGGACGGUGCAAGAGACGCGCGGAGAUGAAUGUGGUGAAGAGAAGAGAGGAAGUUAGAUGUCGCACUCUGAACCCGGCAAUCCAAAAUAAAAAGCCGCUUUCUUGUCCCCCAAAAACAUCAUUUCGCUUUCCACUCUUUCUCUCUCUCUUAAUUUCAACAAAUGAAUUGAUAGAAGAAGAAGAAGAAGAAGAAGAAGAAAUGAUGAGAAAAGCAAGGGCAUUGAGGAGUGGAGGGAAUUUUUAUGACUGA